CGGGCGCGUCGCGGAGGCCUGCGCGGCCAUGGCGCUCCCGCUCGCAGCUCUGCGCGUCCUGUUGGGCGGCUUCUUCGCGCUCACGGGGGCGGCCAAGCUCUCGGAGCAGAUCUCGGCUCCGGUGUCAGAGCAGAUGAAAGCCCUGUUCGUGCAGUUCGCUGAGGUGUUUCCACUGAAGGUGUUCGGCUACCAGCCAAAUCCCAUGAGCUACCAAGUGGCUGUGGGCUGGCUGGAACUGCUAGCUGGGUUGCUGCUGGUCCUGGGCCCACCGAUGCUGCAAGAGAUCAGCAACUUGCUUUUGACACUGCUCAUGAUGGGGGCUAUCUUCACUUUGGUGUCUCUGAAAGAAUCACUGAACACCUGCAUCCCAGCCAUCGUCUGCCUGGGGCUCCUGCUGCUGCUGGAUAUCUGCUAGCUCAUAGUCCAAACUAAAAAGAUGUUCAGACACCCUAGGAGGAAGUCUCCAAGUGCAUUCAAGGAAUCCUGGGAGUAGAGUCUGUCUUGCCUCCUCAUGCCAUGUCACUGCCAAAGCAGGAACAUGGUGGAACACAGAAUGUCACCUUGUUACCAGUACACCCAAGGUUGGCCAGCGUUGAAGUAGACAUCUGGUCUACCUGGCCCUGCUUUGUCUCUUGGACAUUUACUGCUCUUUUUUGAGGGGUACAUAUUACAUAUUCUAGCAUUCCUCAUGUCAUAUGAAAAUAGAAAAUAAAUUUAAAUCACCCAAACUUUUAAUGCCCCCAAAUAACUACUUUCAAUUCCUUUGUAUAACUGUACCUCCCAGUUUUUUCUGUGCCUUUAUACAGAUGUUUUUAAAUGAAAAUGAGACCAUAUAUACUACUUUAUUAUCUGCUUUUUAAACCUAAUACACUGUAAUACCAUUCUCUGUCUGUUUUACCUCAUUGAUGUUAAUGGGUGCAUAGUAUUCCAUUGUAAGGAUGUACUGUAAUGUAUCUAUACAAGCCCCCAAUGAGAAACAUUUGGAUUAUUCCCAAUUUUUUAACUAUUGUAAACCUCACAGUUAAUCAUC